CAGUCAAAUCAGCAUGGCUUCCGAUGCCCCCGCCGAAAUAACUUCGAUACUCCAAUCCGCACAUAUCAAGCGCAACCCCUCGCCGCGGCAUGACAUCAAUCCCUCAACAGCAGCUUCGGAAAAGCAGCCUGUGCGGUUAACUUCCUCCCAUGAUAUCGAUGAAACGUCCGAUGCUGCCGAAGAUGAGAUUCCGAUCAGUGUGCUAGACCCUAUCCCGCGGAGGAAUACCAUGCCGCCGUUGCCAGAUCUUCGAUUCGAACAAAGCUAUCUGAAGAGUAUAGAACGCGCGGAAGACUGGAAGGGUGUACUGUGGAUCACGCUGGUAGACCAGGUGGUAAUGUGCUUUGCUCAAGGUGUGGUGUGGACCUUAGUUCUCAGUGGCUGGCGACACUGGAAUCGGACAGCCAAGUUCAGUGGCAGAGGCGUUGGCGCUAGGAUACGGAGGUGGUGGUGGGGUGUCAAUAACUGGAAGAUACCUGGAGAGGGCGCAUCGAAACCGAAGAACAUGGCACCGAUAAGGCGGGUAUAA